AUGGAUAAAAACGUUAUCAACGAGCUUUUAAACACUUCUUCGAACCUAUCCGGUAAAGAUAGGUCCAAUAUUGAAUGGAUGUUACGUUCGUUUAACCCCGAACCAUUGGAAUUCUAUCGACACCUGAAUCGUAAAACGAAAAGCAUUGCCACGAACGCAUAUUCUAGUGCACUUUCAUUUGUUUUAACACUAUCAAAUAGUAUUCCAGAAAAGAGAAUGUCAAUUUUUCAAGAAAUUCAGGAAAAAUGGAAGUGUGUUUGUCGCGGAAAAUCGGCGUCAAUAUCUAUAAUAGCAUGUUAUAACGUUCAAAGAAGUUAUAAUCGUGAGGUUUCUUCUCACUCCUUAAAACGCAAGCGUGAUUAUCCAAUUACUCCCAACAAACCAAUUAUCCAACCGGAGAUGAAAGAAAUGUACCCGCAAGUGUCUUUUACAAAAAAAUGUAAGGUUGUUGUUUUCGAAGAUGAGUCAAAAAAAGUUGAGCCAGGAAAGGACGGUCAAAAAGCCGAGAUUACUUUCGAAGACGAGUUAGAAGGUUUAGAAAAAGAUGAUCAAAAAGCUUUUGAAGAGGAGUCGAAAGGUUCGGAGAAAGAAGAUAAUCCGUUCAUAGCUAUUGAUUGGCAUGCGUGGCUAGAAAGAAUUCUGGAAUUUUCGAUUGAAGAAGCCCGAAUUAAAAUUUUGACAUAUAAUUAUACACCCGCAAAUGGAUUCGAAGAGAUUAUGAUAAAAUAUAUCGGGAAAGUCUUAAUGGAUUUUAUAAAUAAAAUCAUUGAUAUUCCCGGUCAUGUAAUGACCAUUGACGAAAUUGAGAGGGAUUGGAUUGUUAAUAAAAUUUCUCCACUUUUCACUUAUAUGCAAGCGACAUUCGUAAACAAGAUUAAAUUUCAUUGGAUCGAAUCUGAUAUCGAGCCAACGCACGAACGACUUGUAUUCGAAGGAAACACUACAAACAAAUAUCGAAUGAAAGCAGACGUUAUUGGGGUUCGGCUUUCUGACAGCCGGCAGGUUGUCUUUUUGGAGAUGAGCGGUGCUCCAACAGACUUUUUGAAGCCACACUCAAUUGGUGAUACAUAUAAGACACUUCAAGAGCGAAUAGAUUCCCUAAAUUCGAUGCUUUUGAACUAUUUGAAUUAUGACGUAAGAUUCGCAGAGAAAAUUCGCUCACUAACGAUUCAAGGGAUCAGAGAUCGACUAACUCUUAGAACGUUAUUUUUAAGAGGAAAAGAUGACUAUAAGGAUGAAGAAGAAUUUUCUGCGGGUUUUCCACUUAGUUGGGACUUCCGGUUCCAAUUCAUUGAAAUAUUUGAAUUGAUGGAGUUCGUAAUCGUAUCCGUUUUAGAAUAUCCAGAUGUCAUAAGGGAACUAAUUAAGCAUCCAGCAACCUCACCUGAAUUUUCAAUCCGAAACUGCAUUUCAUGUUCAUAG